UGGGGACACACACCACUACAUGAAUGUCUAGAUACUGAGUACCGCCGUUAUGAAGAACACCGCGAAACGGCAAUUUGCCUCAUGGAACAUGGCGCUUUAUUAAUAAAAGACAACAAAGGAAAGACGCCUCUUGAUUUGUAUGAUAAGAAUAAAUGUAUUAUCUACGGCGCUCGAUCGAUCAGACAAGAGAAGAAGGAAAAACUGAAAAAGUUACUUUUAGACAUGACACUUCCUGCACAAAUUAAAGCUAGAGGAAAAGAUGCAGUUACUGCAUUCGUCAAUGAAAUUGAAAAAGGUGAAAUGACGUUGGUAAAUAGCAGAGUGAUGUUUCUGGGAAAGGAAGGGGCUGGUAAAACCAGCCUCGUAAAUUCCAUCCUUGGAAAACAAUUCAAUGAGAAUGAACCAUCAACUUGUGGUAUUCUAACAACAACAGUAUUUCAAACUGUAGGUGAAGACUACAACAAGUGGGAGGAACAUAAGGAUGUAGACGUGUGUGAAUUAACCAAGCAAAUACGAGAGCAUAAUAUAGCAGAACGUAUUGCAAGGAAGUUGGAACCACCAGAAAGCCAGGAAACCACAUCUAUGUCCGUAUCACCCAGUUCUACAGCAUCUCCAAUGGAAACAUCAGAAGGAGCUACAAGUCUAACUUCAGAGGAAAAGGAAACUUCUGAUGUGUCUCAGAGUGCUGCAAAUGUAUCGACUAGACAGUUCGAUAAACUCCCAGAAGAAAUUUUAAAAAAAGUUGUAGCUAAUCUUGACCGCCAGAAUCCUGAACCAAGCAGGAGCGCAGAAGAACCAAAACCCGGCAUUUUUAAACGAUUCUUCAUGAAAAUAACGAGAAACAAGCCUACUAACAAAGAUGCACGCUUUGAACGUGUUGUUGAAAAUGUACCUAGUGAUGUAACAUGUAUAUGGGAUUAUGCAGGCCAAAUUUCAUAUUAUAUAACUCAUAGGUUUUUCUUGACAGAUGGAUCGUCAUAUGUCGUUGCUUUUAGUUUGUUUGAGCCUUUAAAUGAAUUGGCAAAAUCAAGAGGUCCACUAAAAGAUCGGUUUGAAAUGACUAAUCUCCAAAUGAUUAUUUUCUGGAUACGGUCAAUAUAUGAGCACGCUGUUCUACAAUAUAAUGCAAGUACGAAAUUGAUAAAUGACACGAUAGCCUCACCCACAAUCAGUUUGGUUGGCACUCACAAAGACAAGUUAGAGGGAAGUGAGGAGGAUAAACAGAAUCAG